AAAGAAUGAUGUCCAUUGAAAAAGAAGAGUUGAAAGAAUUGAAAGAAGAAAUGGCUGACUAUCGAGAAGAUCUGCAAGAACUCCAUGAAUUAAAAACAGAAGCAAAAGGCCUUGCACAUAUAGAUGAUAUUAAGGUUUCCAAGGGUGCCAACCGGCUGUAUAUAAAAGUAAAUAAAUUAAUCAGUAAACUUGACACAAUCUUAUCAGAUUUAGAGAAAUCUGAAAAAAGAAUGAAGAAAGAAAUGGAUACACUUUCUAACCAACAAAAGUCUGAAUCUUUGGUAGCUGCAGAGUUAAUUAGAAUUGACGAGCUUAUUUUGGCUAUUAAACAUGUUCAAAAUGUGCCAGAUAAUCAUCGGUUAGCUCGUAUAACGGAGAUACUGGGUGAAAUUGAUGAUGAUGGAGAUGGAGCUAUAAGAAUUGAGGAUGUUUUAAAGGUUGUUGGACUUAUAAGUAAGGAAGACAUCAAACUAAGCAAAACUCAGCUUAACGAAUUUAUUAAGCUUUUGGAAAAAGAAGAAGUAUUAGAAGUAGAGGAACAAAUUCAUAAGGCUCUAGAAAAGGAAAGUUCAAGUGCAGCACAUUUUCAGUCAAAUAAAAUAGUUGGAUCAACUGCGGAUGUAUUAAAUGGAAAUAAAAAAAAAGUAUUGUCUCAAGUAACUCCAAAUGAUAUAAAACUUACCAAUAAUGUCAAUACAAAGCCUGGUAAACCAGUUCUUACGGAAAAUAAGAAUUCAACAGAUUUAUCGCAUUCAAGACGAUCAGAAUUAGUACCAGAAUCGACAUUACCUUCGAAUGUUUCAUCUUCGACAAAAAAAUUAAAGGGAUCAAAGCAGUUGUAAUAUUCUGUUACUUAUAUGUUUAUCAAAUACUACAUAUUUAUAAGAAAUCAACAUACGUAAAUUUAUUGUAGGAAAAAAUUGUAAAAUAACAGUGUGAAAUGUUUUUGAUUAGUAAGUCCACAAUGCGUAAAUUUAAAAUCGUAUUAUUAAGAAAAUUUGUGUAAGAUUAGUAUGAUACAUGUUCAACAAUUGUUAAAUUUCAUUUGAUUUAUUUUAAAUAACAAUAUUUUUUUACUAUUGUGAUUGUUGAGCUUUGAACGCCACUUAAAUUUAAAUAUGUUUUGUAGUUGCACCUACAACUGUAAUAAA